CCAUUCACCGAUGAAGUUACGUCACUUAUUAAAUUGACCAAUCCAACGGAUGAAAUCGUGUGCUUCAAGAUGAUGACAACGUCCCCUCGUAACUAUAUUGUGAAUCCUAACAGAGGGAUCGUAAAACCCGAUUCGACCGUUCAUGUCAAAGUGGUGUUAGUAAGUGAGUUCACACCAGAUCCUGCUCGUAGUGGCAAAGAUAAGUUCAUGGUACAGUCAGUGAUUGUCAGUAAAGCGGACGUCGAUCAGGAUAAAUUAUGGAAAGAUUCUAAAACAUCAGAUAUAAUGAAGUCCAAAUUGAAAUGUGUUCAUAAAGACAAAGAAGAUGGUCGGAUUGUGGCAGAUAGUGCGUGUAUGGAUCCACCGGAACUGUUGAAAGCAGAGGGACCUGAAAUUAUUGAUAUUGACGACGACGACGAAGAAGAUGAUGAUGACGAGUCUCUUAAAACCGCACCUGAAGUAUUUUCAAGCUUCCGUAGAAUCGAUGAUGAGGAUGGUGAUGAUGCGGAUGACGAAGAUGAGAAACGAACUUGGACAGGGGUAGAUGACGAAGAUGAUGAUGAUAAUGAUGAUGAUGAUAGGGUUGAUGACAGAGAUGAUGAAAUGGUCGUAUGCUGGCGGUGGAUGGAUGAUAUCCAACAAUGGAGACUGUUUGAGGAAGAUAUUGCGGAAGAGUUAGAAACCCAUUACCAGAAAGACAGUCACAGCAUCAUCACACUCCCAAUGGGGGACUUUGGAUAUAAUUUUGACUUUAAUGGCAUGAAACAAGAGAAUUUGGAAACAGGGCGUAAAAGGGUCAUAAGGAGAGAAGAAAUUGGUCGUAAUGAGUACACUACACUGCUAGAGAUCGAAUAUUCUCUUGAUUUCAACUAAGUCUGACUGUCGAUGGAUGUAUAGCAGAGCUCUUGAUCAUUGCAGAUUAAAUUGACUGCAUUACCCCUAUUUUAAUUUUUCGCUACAAAAUGACCCCCGAACCACCAAAUCCCGCACAUUUAUAUAGACUAUGAAUUGUGUCAAUAUUGUACACAAGUACAAUUACUCAUUCGUGAAAAUUCUAGUCCUAGUCUCAAAACAACUUCAUUUACAUAUAGCCGAAUAAAUAAAUAAACCAGUGUUAAGUUUCC